AUGUCCAGGUAUGCUGGGUACGGCAAGUGCGUGGAGGAGGGUGGUGAGGCGCGCGACUCCAGGGAGGAGGCUGUCACCAGCUCUGCUGAACAUCACCACUGGGACGAGAAACUGGACAAGUCCGUCAGUCCGUCCGUGGUGCUGUUUCAGCGGCCAAACCCGGAACUGUCCCAAGAAGUGACGCGUCUUCACCUCAUCCACUCGUGUCCACAACACACGCAGGCGGAUGAUGAUGAUGAUACAGGUGGCGGCCGUCGUGGCGCCCUCCAACUGUGGCAGUUCUUAGUGUCGUUGCUGGCUGAAGGCGCCCGCUGCGUCGCGUGGACUGGCCGAGGGUUGGAGUUCAAACUGCACGAGCCAGAGGAGGUAGCGAGACGAUGGGGCGCCCAGAAGAACCGGCCGGCCAUGAACUAUGACAAGCUGUCGCGAUCACUCCGAUACUAUUACGAGAAGGGGAUCAUGCAAAAAGUAGCGGCAUUACGAUCCGAAAAAUCGGAUCGACGACCCGGAUCGCACAUCCCUAGCCUGAAGCAACAGUUUGUGCCUUCCGGAGCACGGAUGGAUUUUCCGCUCGAAUUAGAGCGCCCGUCUGAUGAUUACUGAGGGAGUGUAGGAAGACUGAUGUUGGUCUGGCAUCGUAUAUAUGAACUGUUGGCUACCGAAUUUUACUUGCGCGAUGUAGGCUUCCUUACGUUGUGAACGCAGCGCCGGUAGUGCCAUCUCUUGAGGAGGCGUAAGAUUGUUUCCUCUAUGUUAGUUAUAUGUGGGGCGUGUUGAUGUCGCCGCUACAGGAGUAACCUCCAACUUUACUG